CAUUUACUUUUCAGAGAAGGCAGUCAGAUGUUUUUCUCCUCAUUAAAGGGUUUGAAUCCGGUGGCGGAGAGACAAGAAAUUCAUCAUUAAGCACUAAUCCUUCAGUUCAGAGUGAAACGUAACUCAACCGUAGAGCAUUGAGAAGCCGGUGUUUCUGAGACUACAAGAAGGUCCACUAUACAGUAAGAAUGAGAAAAAGGACCAGGAAGAAGUCAUAAUGGUACUAUGGUGUCUCUAUGUCAUCCUGCUCCUCCCCCUACUAACCUGCUCCAGCCAACCACAGUCCUAUCUACAGUGUGUCAAUGACUUCAUCAGUAACAUCACAUGUGUGUUGAACAACACAUGCAUACCCCCAGACAUGCCGUGCACUCUGCAUGGUGAAUACACCGGGUUUAAAAGGCAAUGUGAGAUGAAGUCCUUGGCUGGUUUCAACACAACCUUGAGAGGCGGCAGUCUGGUCUUUGAGGGCAAUCCUUUCUUUUGGGAAGAGGAUAAAAUACACAUUGUUGUACGGUGUGGACAAGCAGAAGAUUAUGUGAUACAGAUUGAACACCUGUAUCAACCAUUUAACCACAUUAAAAUGCAUCCCCCUGGCAAGCUGACCGUCAUCAAUGCCUCAAUCGCCUGGACACCAGGAGCUCCCAUUUCAAGAAAGAUAGUCAACUAUGACUUCCAACUACAGUGGAAACAGGAACUACAUCACUGGGAGGAUGCUGUGGAGGUGAACAUAUCAAACAAACAGACAUAUUUUGACCUGGACCCUGAGAUGCUGGAGAGAGGAAGGAGGUACCAGGUCAGAGUCCGGGUUCGAGCCGACCCAGACGAUUACCCAGACUGUCAGUGGAGCGACUGGAGCCCCAGUGCAUCAUGGGUCUCCACUCUGGGCCAGAUGAAGCCAACAGGUAGUCCUGAUGUUCUAGACCAGGACUUUGUGGUGGUCACCGUUGUGGGAGCUGUUGUUGUACUGGUCCUGCUGGUCUCCAUGUUGCUCUGCAAAGGAAAGGUCAAGAAGAUUCUGAAUCCUCCUAUACCAGAUCCCUCCAGGUACUUUGAGGGCCUCAACCUCCAGCACGAUGGAAACUUCAAGGCUUGGCUAGGUCCUUUGUUUGCCUUUGAAGCCGUCGACUCUGCUUUGCACCGUGAAGACAUCUCCCAGGUAGAGAUUACCAACAACAUUGGCACCAUCGCCCCCCUGAGGAGGGAGACCGGUACUGCACUACUACUGAAGAAGAGAUUGGGCAACAGUGGCCGCUCCGGCUUCAGCAACUUCUUAUCUCAAUGCUCCCAGCCUGGAUCCACAUCCACCAAGUUGGAAGCCUGCUCUGUACACUCCCCGUACGGACCAGUAGGUGGCACUACUGAAAUGAUAGAUGAGUGGAAGGAGGAGAACAGAGGAGAUAGGAUGGAUAGUAAUAGAGGUGUAGGGGGGAAGGACGAAGAUAUCAGGGGUGGAGAGAUGGGGGGUGGAGGGAAGGAGAGAGAGAUGUUGGGUGGAGGGAAGGAGAGAGAGAUGUUGGGUGGAGGGAAGGAGAGAGAGAUGGGGGUUGGAGGGAAGGAGGGAGAGAUGUGUGGUGAAGGGAAGGAUAGAGAGAUGUAUGGUGGAAGUAUAUUUGGAGGCAUCAGUGGAGGUAAAGAUAUCGUCCAGGUUUCUUCUUACGAGCGUGUUGAGAAGCUCCAGGCCGAGCGUCGGGCCCUCAUAAGCCCAGAUUCAGGCAUCGGCAGUGGGGCAGAGGAUCAGGAAAGUCAGGAGAGCGUGGAGGAUGCGGUCGGGCCUAUUGCAUCCACCCCCCAUUUUGUCUCUCAGGACUUCCAUCUUGUUCCGCUUCUUCCUCAUAACAAUAACUUUACAUUCUGCUCCACCCCCUUACCCAUUUCCCUGUCCGCUUUCCCCCAGCUUCCCUUCACCCUACCUGGGUUGGAUAGUGUAGGGGGAAAGGGUACGGAGAUGGGGGUUGGAGGAGGUUCUCUCACAAUGUCUUCCUCCUAUGAACGUGUGGAUAAUCUCCAGCUCCAGGCCCAACUCUUGGCCCAUCAGAGCCCAGAUUCAGGCAUUGGCAGUGGGGGAGAGGAUCAGGAAAGCCAGGAGAGUGUGGAGGAUGAGGUCAGGCUAACUGUGACCCCCUGUAACCAUAUCCCUCUUAUUACCACUAACAAUAUAUUUCCAUUCUGUUCCACCCCCUUACCAAUCCCGCUGGAUGUUUUACCCCAACUACCCCUCACCUUCUCUGGGUUUGGGAUGGUUCCAUCCCUGGGACCCAGUACUAGUACCAGUCAUCAAGACAGGCUGUUGGAGAUGUCUCUCCUGUCUUCUUCAAUGGCAAUAGAGCCCUCUAGUGGCGGCUACAUGCCAGUGAAAGAAGCUCAGAACUGAACUAUGAAAACAUUUGACUAGGGAGGGACCAAUGAUUUAUAUAUACACUAGAUGACUGACAGGCUGUUUUGAAACCACCACUCCUCCAUCUGGGCACUCCCCCUCCAUUGUAAAAAAUACUUUGGAAGCUAUAGAAAUGCAUUUACUAAUGUCUACAUUCGUUUUUACCACAUUUAUUCUAUUACAGACACACUUUUUUAAGAACUAAUGUAACUGUCCCCACUACAACAACAACAAAAAAAGACUUACAAAUAUGUAAUUUGGUCGUUGAAACAUUUCAAUGACAUACUGUAGAAUUCCAUCCAUUCCAAUAGAGCUCUACAGUGGAGGUGCCAUAUACCCAUAAAACCUAGCGUUCAAACAGGGAAACGGUUCCAAUUGUUUUUCCACCAUUCAUUUUUCCCUUAAGGGAUUUUAGAAACACUUAAAAUAAGGCCUGUGGCCUCCUGAGUGGCGCAGUGAUCUAAAACUCUGCAUCGCAAGCUGUGUCAGAGCCCGGCCGUGAGCGGGAGCCCCAUAGGGCGACACACAAUUGGCCCAGGGUUUGGCCCAGGGGCUUUCCUAGGCUCAUCGCACUCUAUCGACUCCUUGUGGCGGUGUUAAAGUGUUAAACAAAUCAAAAUAUAUUUUAGAUUCUUCAAAGUUGCCACCUGUUGCCUUGAUGACAGCUUUGCACACUCUCAGUGUUCUCUCAACCAGUUUCACCUGGUUUUCC